UAGCCCAUUUUUCACUAUCCAUAAGUAUGAAGAAAAUGAUGUCAUUAUUAACUUUAUGCAAGGACUGAAUGAUGUUUAUCAGUCAGGCAGUACUCAGGUUUUGAUGAAUUCUUAAUUACCUAGUAUUGAGUCUGUUUUAAAAAAAAUGGUUCAACUAGAACGCCUAAUGAAGGGUGCGAGUUCUGCAAAGGGCAGAGUUGAUUCGGUGGCUUUACUAGAGAGUGGACAACAUCAGGGCAUAACUGCACAGUCUGGCAAAAAUCAUAGGGAUUAUAAACCUGAGGGUAAAAAGUGGUGUAGGUAUUGCAAGAAGGAGGGUCACAUAAUUUUGGAUUGCUACAGACUUAAAAACAAAAAGAAGCAAGAAGGAGAACAUCCCUUUACUGGUGCUUGUGAUAGCAAGUUAUCUGAAUCUGGAGGUUCUUCCUCAGCUGGAAGUGAUGUCAAUCUCCACAACCUUCUGACUCCAUAUCAGUUUGAGAAACUGAGAAUUAUGCUGGCUAGGUCUCCUUCACCUUCACCUCCUAGCUCACCACAUCUGGCACCUGCUGCACCAGGAAGAACCAUUGGUCAAUAACAUACUCAUCAGGCUUCAGCAAACUCAGUUGUGAAAACUCCAUCACUUUUUACUACAAGCUCUAGUUCAGCAGGUAAUCAAUCACACUCUACAAUUAUUGAUUUGCUUCAUAGAUCUGAAUGGGUUCUUGAUACUGGAGCAACAGACCACAUUGUCUGUAACCUUGGUUUCUUUAUCAAAAGUAAACCAUUUGACAAUGUGUUUGUGAAUCUCCCUAACAAGCAAAAGGUUAAAGCCACUCACAUAGGAAUUGUGUCUUUGCCUUGUGGAUUAUUUCUUACUCAAGUUCUCUUUGUUCCAGCUUUUACUUACAAUUUGGUUUCUGUAAGUAAGUUAACUAAAAAUCACCCAGUCUCAUUGGUUUUCAAAUCAAACUUUUGUAUUAUUCAGGACCUUAUUACUCGGAGGAGGAUUGGUUUAGCCCAAGUGGAUAGAGGAUUAUAUAUGUUUUCCCAGUCAAAGAGUCAUUUAAUUCCAGUAGAGUUGCCCAGCCUUUUGCAGCAGGAGUUUCCCAUUCCCACAAUUCAUAUUUCAACAUAUGGCAUGCUAGAUUAGGUCAUCCUUCCUUGUCUAUAUUGAGAGAUGUUAAGACUCAGUUUAAUUAAGUUGUUUUACCAUUGACCAAACAUUGUGAGGUUUGCCAUUUUGCCAAACAGAAGAGACUUCCUUUCCCUCUUAGUACUUCUGUUAGUACUAAACCUUUUGAUCUAUUACAUGUGAAUAUUUGUAGUCCAUUGAAUGUAGUUUCCAAAAAUGGAUUUCAAUAUUUUUUUAACUAUUGUUGAUGAUCAUAGCAGAGCAGUUUGGGUAUUCCUCAUGAAAUCCAAAUCUGAAACUAGAACUCUUUUACAAUCCUUCUGUCAAAUGGUUGAAACACAUUUUCUAGACUUGUUAAAACUAUUCGAUCUGAUCAGAGCCAAGAAUUCCAUAUGACAGAGUUUCACAAUUCAAAAGGAAUUAUUCAUGAAAUGAGUUGUGUUUAUACAGCUCAACAGAAUGGUAGAGUUGAUAGAAAACACCAGCAUCUUCUAAAUGUUGUCAGAUCUCUCAAAUUUCAAUAUGGUCUUCCACUUCUUUAUUGGGAGGACUUUGUUCUUCAUGCUGCUCAUCUGAUCAAUAGGACUCCUACUCCAGUCCUUGAUCAUAAAACUCACUUUGAAGUUCUGCACCAAGUUCCACCAGACUACAUGUCCUUAAGGGUAUUUGGUUGCCUAGCAUAUGCCACAGUGGUAGAGGGUUAUAAGCAUAAUUAAGUUUGAUCCAAGAGCUAGGAAAUGUGUGUUUCUUGGCAUUCCUGUAGGCAUUAAAGGAUUUAAACUUUUUGGACUUAACCACAUGAAAGGUUUUUAUCAAUCGAGAUGUGGUGUUUUAUGAAAUUUUUGUCCCCUUUAAAUCUAAUGAGCAGGUUGACAGUAAUCUACUCAUCUUCCCUCUUAUCUUGGUUCUUCCUUCAUACAGGAUGGUCUUUGUUCACGUCAGCCUUACUUUGUAUCCCCACCUGCAGCAGACAUUUCUCCUUCGUCUGCCGCCAACCCAUUCCCUCACAAUCUUUUUCUCCCGCAGCAACACAUGAGUCUCCUAGCUCCCCUCCAUCUGACAGUCACCCUGAACCUGAUUGCUCCAUAUUUCUUUCCACUGUGGAGAAUUCAUUGGUUGUUUGUGUAUGUUGAUGAUAUUGUCAUUGGAAGCAUCAGUCUAGAAGCAGUGGAGUCAGUUAAAAGGAUGCCGAAAUUAGUGUUUAAAAUGAAGGAUUUGGGUAACUUGCAAUAUCUCCUUGGUUUAGAAAUAAACAAAGUUGAUGGUGGAAUCCAUGUUAGUCAAAGGAAUUACUGGCUUGAGUUGUUGAAGAAAACAGGCUUUGAUGAAUGCAAGCCUGCUAAAACUCCUUCCAAUGUUAAACAAGUCUUAUCAGCUCAAGAUGGAGAACCCUUCCAUGACAUCAGUAAGUUCAAGCAUUGGCUUGGCCAGCUGCAGUACUUGAAUACAACUAGAGCAGAUAU